UAUAUAACUUGGGCUUCCUGUUCUUUAUCGGCAGAGUUGCAAUGGAAACCACAACUUCAAAAUGGCGGCAAAGAUGGAACAUGGCGGUCGAUAGAAAGAAGUUCUGAUGCCACCUAAACAAAGAAUUGCGUCCUCAAAAGGAAUUCUAGGGGUUCCUAGACGAGCUAAGGAUCAAAUUCUUAUAUUCAGUCGACAUGCAGAAGAGCUACCUUCCUCUGAUGAAAGCGACGACGGUGAUUAUUCGCCGAAAGACUACACUGCAGAAACGCUAGCGAGGCAAAAACAACAACAGCAUAUUACCAACAAAACUAAUCAACAAUCUAAAAGAAAACAAAAAAAUGUGGAUGUUGCUGAUUUAGAUGACGAGAGUUUCCUUGGAUUUAUUGGAGAAAAAUCAAACAAAAAACAUAAAACAAUCGAAAGAAAGAACGCUGAGAAGGGAGACGGGCAUGAUAACGUGUCUGUAAACACGGCUUGGUCUGAUGCCAUACCGACUGAAGUGCUCUUGUUGAUAUUUCAUUAUUGUGUGAGCACCCAGGGAGCGAUGCCUUUGCUUGGUCGACUUGCUAGAGUGUGCCGUAGAUGGAAUGCUGUUUGCAGGGAGCCCUCUCUGUGGAGAAAACUUGACUUGAGCCAUUUUGGGAAGUACACUAUUUCUGGAGAUAGCUUGAUCCAAAAGCUCUGUGGGAGAGGAGUGAUGUCAGGAGUGGAAGAGCUCCUUCUAGAUGGAUGGGUGAGGCUCACUGAUAAAGGUGUGGAGAUGCUGGUUAAGCAGUGUUCUUCCCUGAAGACACUUUCAUUGUCCAACUGUGAAAAAGUAACCUACAAGUCAGCUGUCAUGAUUGCUGGAUGCUGUCAGCAGUUAAGAAGUAUCGAUCUUUCUUCAACUAAGGUGGAUCAGCGAGGAAUAAAAGCCCUCCUGAUAGGGUUAAAAAAUGUGAUAGAGGAAAUCCUGUUGAGAUAUUGCAAGAAUAUAAAAGGUCCUAUUGGUAUGAAUUUACUGCAGGAUGAUAAAUACCCAAAGCUUACUCUUCUUGAUCUGUCAGGAAACUUUGUCAGGAAUUUUCACAUUGAAAAGCUACAGGUGGCAUGCCCUAGGCUAAAGCAGCUUCAGCUUGGUAACAUGUGUCUACAAACAGCUACUGCAAAACUUGUACAGAAGGAAUCAUCUAAGGGCUUUCCAGAUUUAGAAUUCUUCUCAAUUGCAAGUAGUGGGCAGACAGCUGUCCUAAUAAAUGAUGAUUUCGUUCACAGGAUGCUGAGCUCAUCAAACCACCUUAAAGUCCUUGACCUACGAGGCUGCAGUCGUAUUACCGCCACAGCUAUCGACACCCUGUGUGCAUCUUCUCUUGAGAGCCUCUACCUUGGCAGCACCGAUGCUAGUCUUGUCCUGGUCCAGACCGCCAUGACCAAGUGGUGUACAAGUUUGCGUGCGCUUGAUUUGAGUGGCAACACCGCUGUCAAUGAUGAUUGCCUGUCACUGUUCUCAUGGUUAGAGUGUGACGAGCUUACGAGCCUUGAUCUAUCAACAACUGCGGUCACUUGCUCCGGCCUCAGAAAUGUAUUCCUUGGAUGUCCGAAAUUGAACGAACUGAACCUCACAUCAUGCCGAGGUAUAGACCGCGGGUUCAAACAGAAACACAUCGGCCACGGGAACCUGAAACGUCUUCUCGGGAACAUUAUGUCUAAUCAGAAACAGGGGUAACAGUGCCAGGAACCCCGACUUGUACAUACAAAUGCUGAUGUUACGCCCUAACCUUGUCGCCUCUCGUUGGAACUUCUGAUGUCUGAAGGCGUAAAGGAAGGGGUUAAUCAGUGAGCUGAGCCCGAGUAGGGUGACGGGAAUCCAACUGCCCAUGACGAAGAACGCGCGUAGGCUGUUUAAAGUCACAGCAGCGUCCAGCAUCAAAUCCACAAAUCGAUACACGUAGAUCAGAAACAGGAUCAUCGGAGUUACAAAAAAGAAAAAGUUUGUCAACACCAUGAGUGAGAUCCUCUUUGCUAGGCGGGCCUCUCGUUUUACACCCAACUGUGAACUCGCUUUCUGUACGAAAACGUAGAUGCGAACGUAGAGGCCAACACUCGUAAGGUAAAUCAUGACGCAGAGUACUCCCACUGCGAGAGUGACGGUAGAAGUGUCGGUGAUGUAGGAGCCUUUGUGAAAGGGCAUUGUACACUGGAACCAUUUGUGAUACUGCAAGCCCUGCACGCCGAAUAUUGGUAGCAUCGCGAAUGUAAUAGCAAUAAGCCAGACUAGAAUGGAGAGGCGAAGUGAGAGUUUACUGCUGAGUCGGGCUGUAGGGUUAUCGCAGUGGACGAUCGCGAGGUACCUCUCCAAGGUUAAGAAAAAGGACGUGAAGACUGUGGUGACUUGAGCCGUGGUGAAGACCACCCCUAUAUUCGGGCACACCUUGAUAUUGUUCAUGAGUAACUCGUUGGGCGUCACUGUAGUAUCGUGAAAGGGGUUGUGGAUCGCGAUCAUUAUAGUAUACACCCCGACAAGUGCAUCACUCAGAGCCAUGCUGCAGAUGAGGAUGAACGACGUGCUGUUACGUAAGGAUGGGCAGAAUAUGAUAAGGAUCACGAUGACAAUGUUCAGUACAAGGAUGAUACUUCCGAUGCCGUACUGAAUGUGGAACAGUGACCGGGGUACUUCAUACAAGUGCUCAAAAUACGGGAACUGAAUCUCAUGAUUAUAACACUCCUCAUCCCCUUCGCAUAUGCAUUGAGGGGUAAAACCAAGUUUCACAUACUCAAACGUCUUUCCGUACUUGAUGACGUCAUUAUGCAAGAACUCGUCCUUUUCCAUGACACAAAUCGCAUCACCCAUGUCGUCAUCGGUCAUGUUUUUGAUACGCGUCAUGUUUCUCGCGUCCUCUGUAAAUUUGGCCAGCGUGCAAUCCUUACAGUGCAUGCUCCAUGAGACCCCUUGUAGCUCCCUUAAGUUGCAGAGUUUCAGGAUGCUUGUAUCAGGGCUGUAGUUUCUGUUACCGUACAGUUUGACUGUUUUUAGGGAGUUUAGUUCUAGAUCUGGAUCCACGUCCCAGAUCUGAAGGCCAUUGCUACUGAGAUCGCUUAAAAUAAAAAAAAAUUAAAAAAAUUAUUCUCAUUUUGCACCCUCUAAAAAGUUGAAAAUAAUUUGAAUAAUUGUAUAUUUUUGUUGUCUCUGUUUCCUUUGUCAAUACUUUUUGACUCGUGAAAAGAUUUUAGGACAUUCUUCUUGUUUAUACUUACAGUGUUAGUAAUUUGUCGAGGCCAUUAAAAGCUCCUUUGGCAAUA